AUGGAAUGGACAAUGUCUCCAAUUAUUUUGCUGAAACCUAAUAUAACUUUGCCAGAUUAUGUUUUGGUUGACUUUAAGGCUUCCAGUGUUAAAAGACUUUACCCACCCGGCAUAUGGAAUGAAUUGGUAGCCACAUUUACUUUCAAGAGACUAUAUGGUUUCUAUAUUCUUCAGGUCAUCUAG